GGGGAUUUCCAGGGCUUGACAUACACAUCAACUUCGACGAUCAAUCAUGAACUUUUCCACCAUGUUUUCCGCGGUACUUCCACUUAUGCUUGUGAUAGGCACAUUAAACCUUGCGAUGGAUCUACCACAGAGCUCAAGGCCUCUUGGGUUUCGAGGAAGCAACCCUAGCUGGGAAAUGGAUCGCUCACUCCAUUGGGUGGAUGAAGAGGCAGGAAUACGCUCUUCUUCCAGGCACAUGGCGAGCUCAGAAAAAGUGACAGGACAUGAGUUGAGUCGUGUCGAUCAAGAGCAAAGCUCCCAACCAGUGGUCAUUGUCCUUCACGGCCAGCCAGCAGAACAAUCAACUCACUCACCCAGCAACUUGGAAACUCAUAGUCAACCCCUUGGUCUAGAUAUGCAUUGUGUUCCACAGGAAGUGAGCUCAUUGGAAAAAUCUAACAGUAUUCCACCAUCCAGCUCGAGAAUAGUAGAUUGUGCGAUCUGUUUGGAUGCCAUGGAAGAUGAUGAGCCUCUCCGGGUCUUGGCUUCAUGCCAGCACAAGUACCACCAACUUUGCAUAGAGGCUUGGCUAAAAGAGCAUGACACCUGUCCAAUGUGUAGGGUUGCCGAUCCCGUUUCAAGUGCCACACUGAAUCAGCAAUCUCGCAAUCCCCGAACUCCACUGCCAGCUCCAAGAAGUCGACGUGACAUCAUACUGACUCGCCUUGAAAUUACAAUAUUUGUCGCAAUCAUCAUCUUGUUCAUGACCUGGUUCUUUGUCGCUGUACAACAAUCAGAUGCUGCCCAACUUCGAGCCCAUUCGCCUCCAAGGUAUUUAUAAAAGCACCGUUUCUUUGGGAUCUCUCACUUUAAACAGCUAGAUUCUUUUUUUUUGUGAGAGGAUUAUAAUCAGUACGAUUGGUUUCAUAUGGAUGGGUUGAAGGGUCCAAGCCUCCUCCCAAUAUUUGCUCAAUAUUGGAUCAAACACAUUUUGUUCUUAUCCCUAAGCUUUGUUGUCCUUUGAAAUCAUGUUUCUGAUCUUGCCGGCCAUGAAAAAGCGUUGAUACAAAUUGAAACUAUUUUUGCUUUGUUUUUUG